GCGGCGAAGCCGCGGCGAAGCCGCGGCCACCGCCGCGCGGUAGAUGCGAGUUGGGCAGGAUGCGAAAAUUCUUGACUGAAGAUCAGUUGGACAGGCCGAGCAAGCCCACUGAGACAGCGGUCUCUGAGACCAACGAUGACCAUUCCACCGAGGACACUUCAUCAAGUAGUUCUUCCACCUCGCACAACUCCGAGAGGGAAGCUUUGAAGGAAGCAGCUGGAAAACUCGGCCCAGAUCAGGAGCUCGUUACGGACAGUUUUUAUUUCAACGUGGCCAGCAGCUUCGUAUCCUUCAUGAACCUCAUCUGCCUGGGUCUGGAGGUGGACCUGCGCUGUCCCACAGCCAUGUGCAGUAAUCCAACCGAGUAUUGGGACUUCAUUACCCAGGGCUUCACUGCCUUUUUUGUGCUGGAAAUGAUCCUGCGCAUCGUGGUGGCCACGCCACGACGAUUUUUCAAGGGCGACAUGUCCAGGGAUAUCUUCAAGUUCGACUUUCUGAAUUGCAUUGACUUCAUGUUAGUGUUUCUGCGCGUGGUCGAUUCAUGGAUGCUCUACCCCUUUGGGGUGGUCUCCAACCUGAAAUUUGCCAGCGCUUUCAGGGUCUUCCAGUUUGGCAGAGCAGUCAGGCAGGUCCAGCUGCAUCCCAACUUUCGAGAGCUUUGGAUCGUGAUCUCCGCAGUGGGAGACACCAUGUGGACUUUGGUCUGGGUUGGCAUCAUGCUCGUGGGAGUGAUCUAUGUCUGCGGCAUUCUGGUGUCAAUGGCUGUUUUGGACAAGGGCGCAGAGGACUUCAAUCUGAACCGAGCCGAAUGGGACUUCAACGAGUACUGGGGCACUGUCCUCCGCAGUUCCUUCUCCUUGUUUCAGGUGGUGACCCGUGACAAGUGGUCGGAUGCCUUAGUUUGGCCCCUGGUGGAGUCGAAUCCAGAACUCAUGGUGGUCUUUAUUGCCUUCUUCACCAUUGCCAGUCUUUCAUUGAUGAAUUCCAUUGUGGGCGUAGUGGUGGAAAGCACUUUAGCCUCGGCUCGGGCCAACGCGGAUCGAGAGCAGAAGGAACGUGAACGGGUGGACCACAUGGUGCUGGAGUCCAUGAAGCAAAUCUUUGAAGAUGCCGACACCGACAAAUCGGGGCGACUGGACCAGGAGGAGUUGAAGGCGUCCUUCUGUGACGGGCGGGUCCGAGACCGACUUCGUUUGCUGCGGAUCCCCUUCAAGGAUUUGGAAAUGCUUUUCGGGAUUUUGGAUGACGAACAGGCAGGGCAAGUCAACACCAACAAGGGUCAAGCUGCCGCGUGCCACCUUCAGCAAAUGCCCCGAUCUCAGAAAUGUUCAGGUUGGCAUAAGGUUGACGGGGUCAUGGAAGAUCGAGUCAGUGCAUCAAGGGUGAGUCUUUAA